CUUUGUUCCACUUCCUUUCAACGACGUGCUUUCCAAAAUGCAGAAGAAACAGAAGGAACCGAUCCAGUCCGUGCAAGUGUUCGGGCGCAAAAAAAGCGCAACCGCGGUCGCAUAUUGCAAACGAGGACGUGGAAAUCUUCGUGUCAAUGGACGGCCACUGGAAUUAGUGGAGCCUCGUGUACUGCAAUACAAAUUGCAGGAGCCGAUUUUAUUACUUGGCAAAGAAAAGUUCUCUGGCGUUGACAUUAGAGUAAGAGUAAGUGGAGGUGGUCAUGUAGCACAAAUUUAUGCUAUCCGUCAAGCUAUUUCCAAAGCUCUUGUUGCAUACUAUCAGAAGUAUGUCGACGAAGCAAGUAAAAAGGAAGUAAAAGAUAUCCUUAUUCAAUAUGAUCGUACCCUCCUAGUUGCUGACCCGAGGCGGUGCGAGCCAAAGAAAUUUGGUGGUCCAGGUGCCAGGGCCAGAUACCAAAAAUCUUAUCGUUAAUAUUUACAAAUUUCACAUUACAUUUUAUUCAUAUUGCUGAAUAAAAAUUUUUAAAACCGA